AAAAAAUAAAAGGAAAAAAAAGAAAAAGAAAAAGAAAGAAAACACAAAAUAUUUAAGUGCUUUUGUUCGGUCACAGCUUUGAUGGCAAAUAACGUUUUUAGCUCCUAUCGUCUGCCGUAAUAAACCUCCUCGGGCGCGAAACUUUCUUAAGUGGUCUUCACGCGAUUGCUCAAGCUAGUGGGGAGACAACCAAAUAGUUUUCACUCUCAGCUUCUGUCCAUCCAUUCAUCAUCAAAUACCUUUGAAGGUUUUAUUGACUUUAGACUCCUCUUCUUUUUAGCCAACCCGUAACUGAGAUCUUGACUUUCAUCCCAUACUCCCAUCAUGGAGAGCUUUGAGAACAUAUACCUUGACUUAUCGAAACAGCCAGGCAAAUGUAAGCUUGCAGAGAGUGGCCUGGGUUGGCGACCAUCAGGAGGCGGCGACACGUUCACUCUUGAUAGCAGCAAUAUCGGCGCAGCGCAAUGGAGUCGGGCUGCCAAGGGGUAUGAGCUAAAGAUUCUAUCCCGUUCUUCAGGAGUUAUUCAGCUUGAUGGAUUUGAACAAGAGGAUUUUGAACGAACGAGUAAGGCUUUCAAGAUCUGGUAUGGUAUCAACCUUGAAAACCGAGAACAUGCGCUUCGAGGAUGGAACUGGGGGAAAGCAGAAUUCACAAAAGCAGAACUCGCAUUCAAUGUUCAGAACCGACCAGCCUUCGAAAUCCCUUAUUCAGAAAUAUCAAAUACAAAUCUUGCGGGCAAGAACGAGGUUGCAGUCGAAUUUUCACUUCCAACCGAUGGUGUUAAUGGAACAACCGGACAGUCAGAGGGCGGCACUAAAAACAGAGGAAGAAAGGCUGGUGCUGGCCGUGACGAAUUGGUGGAGAUGAGAUUUUACAUUCCCGGCACAGCGCUUAAAAAAGAGAAGCCGGAGGGAGAGGAAGAUGAUGAAAGCGUUGAUGGUGAAGAAGCUGAGGAGCAGAAUGCGGCAAACUUGUUCUAUGAAACUCUAAUGGAUAAGGCCGAGAUUGGGGAUGUCGCUGGUGAUACUUUUGCUACCUUCCUGGAUGUGCUACAUCUUACACCAAGAGGCCGCUUCGACAUUGAUAUGUACGAAAGUUCAUUCAGAUUACGUGGCAAAACAUACGACUAUAAGAUCCAGUACCAAUCGAUCAAGAAGUUCUUCCUAUUACCGAAGAAUGAUGAUACCCAUACGUUGAUUACUCUUGGCUUGGACCCUCCACUCCGACAAGGCCAAACCCGAUAUCCAUUCCUAGUUAUGCAGUUGAAACUUGAUGAUGAGAUUAGCAUCGAUCUUAACAUGACUGAUGAGUUACUUCAAACCCGCUACAAGGACAAGUUGGAGGCCCAUUACGAGGAACCCAUUCAUCAGGUUGUAACGAAAGUAUUUCGCGGUCUUUCCGGGAAAAAGGUCGUGAUGCCUUCAAGAGAUUUCGUCAGUCACCACGGACACUCCGGCGUCAAAUGCUCCAUCAAAGCAAACGAAGGCCUUCUAUUUUGUUUAGACAAAAGCUUCAUGUUCGUACCCAAACCCGCGACGUACGUCCAAAUCGAGAAUAUAUCCGUAAUCACCAUGUCUCGUGUCGGUGGUGCUAUCUCUGCUAGUCGGACCUUUGAUAUCACGAUGACCCUUAAAGGUGGAAUGGGAGAACAUCAGUUUAGCAAUAUCAAUCGUGAGGAACAACAACCAUUGGAAGAAUUUUUCAAGGCGAAGAAUAUAAGAUUUAAGAACGAGAUGGCCGAUGAUUCAUCUGCGCUUCUUGCCGCCGCUCUGAACAACGACGAUGGUUCCAGUGACGAGGAUGUAGCCAUCGGGAAUGAUCGUGGCUCGGCCGACGAAGACGAAGAAUCUGUAGACGAAGACUUCCAAGCAGAGUCCGAAUCCGAUGUUGCGGAGGAAUACGACUCUGCGCAUGAGAGCAGUGGCAGCGGAAGUGAUGUUGAGAUGGAUGAUGCCGACGACACCAGGGACGUCGAGGUCGAGGUCGAUGACGACGACAGACCGAAGAAGAAGACCAAGGUUGGAAAAUGACGGGAAGGGAUUUGCAAAUAACGCUAUUUUCCGGAGGUGUUUCAAUAGUUUUGUAUUAUCAUCAUCAUUUCCCGUGCUUUCUCCCUUAACAAUAGUCACAUCGGUGUUAUUGACCUUUUUGAGGUUUUACAUUCGGUUUACUUUUUUUCGUUGUUUAUUUAUCCUUUGCGGGAUGUUUACGCUAGGAAGCUUGCUCUUUUUCUUCAUUCUAAUCCCAUUGUUGAUAAAAAGGGUUUCAAAAGGGGCUUUUCCAAAUUUAAUUUCACUCUGCUUCUCCCGAUGAUUUAUUUGCCUUUUAUCUAGCACCAAGUCGUGCAACAGACACCACCUAUAUGGCUCCUUGGGUGUCUCGCGCGGCCGUCUUUACGCCAUUCAAAACUAAAAUGAAUUACUGAUUUUCUUUCCCCCUUUGGCCAGCGCAGCAAUCUCAGAUAUCACGUGUCACAGAAGAGAAAUUUUAUCAGCCACAGCAAUGUGGCGCAGUGCAUACACCGCCCUUUAGUACCAAAAUGUUCCUGCAAGUUGGAAUUGUUUUU